AUGACUGAACAACAGACCCCUAUGGAGGAGAUGGCAGCUGCCGAGAGCCCAGAGGAAAUGGGGCCAAAUUACAAGGUAUGGCAAGUGUUGAAUUCAUCCCUUCCCUGUCCCACAAAGCCCCUGAAGAUUUUAUACUGUUGCAGGUUUGGGCAGUCAGUCUGGAUGAUGCCCUGAGCCCCUUCUUGGGGUCCUGUACCCAGUGAGGGUAGAAAUAAAGGGUUAUAUUGCUGAGCUGUUCAGACAAGUUUCUCUGUGAAACAAGAAGCUUAGCUGGCUACUUAAGUGUCCUCAAUGGCAUUCCCCCAAAAAGAGCUAGGUAGCAAGGGCAGCAACUAAAUGAUGGGGCCCUCCAGGCAGAUGUGGGGCCCUUUCCUCUGCCCCUCUCACCUGUUAAGUAAGAGAACAAUAGCCAGGAGAGAGAGAGAGUUUUUAUCUGAAAACAGGCUGGAAGCCAGAGACCCAGAGGCCUGCUUGCUCUGUGCUGGAUCCCAAACUGUGACUUGACUAAUGGAGAAACAAGAUCCUUGGGAGUUUUAAUGCUGUGAGUCCCUCCAUUUAUGCUCAUGUUGUAAAUAAUGUGUAAAUAAUGUCAAUGCAGGUGGCACUGUGGGUUAAACCACAGAGCCUAGGACUUUUCGAUCAGAAGGUCACCGGUUCGAAUCCCCAUGACGGGGUGAGUUCCCGUUGCUCGGUCCCUGCUCCUGCCAAACUAGCAGUUCGAAAGCACAUCAAAGUGCAAGUAGAUAAAUAGGUACCGCUGCGGCGGGAAGGUAAACGGCGUUUCCGUGCGCUGCUCUGGUUUGCCAGAAGCGGCUUAGUCAUGCUGGCCACAUGACCCAGAAACUGUACGCCAGCUCCCUCGGCCAAUAAAGCGAGAUGACUGGACCUAAUGGUCAGGGGUCCCUUUACCUUUAAUGUCAUAUAGCCUUAAGACUCCACAGUCUCCAUUGACCUUCAUUCCAAGGAAUGCAACUAGGUAAGCUCCUGGAACUCCUGAAUUCUCUCACUGCUCAGAGAUUGAAUAGGGGGCAUGUAACAAUACAUGGUGCACGUUUUACUAGAAGCAGAUACCAGUGGUACCUCAGGUUACAUACGCUUCAGGUUACAGACUCUGCUAACCCAGAAAUAGUGCUUCAGGUUAAGAAAUUUGCUUCAGGAUGAGAAGAGAAAUCGGGCUUCAGUGGCAUGGCAGCAGCGGGAAGCCCCAUUAGCUAAAGUGGUGCUUCAGGUUAAGUACAGUUUCAGGUUAAGUACAGACCUCCGGAACGAAUUAAGUACUUAACCCGAGGUACCACUGUAUUUUUUUCAAAGCUGGUUGUUCUAGAUUUAGACAGAAGAUGGCACUCUUGACUUCUCCAACAAAUCUUUUGCUUGCCAAGAGCAAGUCUGAGCACAGCCCGACCUCCAUGUACCAGCAAACAUGCAAGGAGUGAUGUGAUUACACUGGUCAACAACAAAUUUGUUGUCUGCAUUUUUUUAGUUGAUUUAGGACAAAUCUGAUGCGCUGAAUCAAAAAAUCACAUUGGUUUUGCUCAAUCAGGUCAGGUUUUUAAGCUAUGGCCACAUGUCGUUUUUUUACGUUUUUGUUCACAUGUACUCUUGUGUGGAGCAUUUUAGAAGAAGUUGGUGGGGGUAAAAUGCCAUGUCGAAUAAUUGUUUUGAUUGGAAAUGAUUAUUUUAAUGACAAGAAGUAUUCAGGUCCGAUAGUUCUGGGUGAUUAUGUUGAAAAGGGAUCAGUUUGAAGUCAUAAAACCUCAAAAUCUUCCAUAAAUUGGUGCGGCAAAGCAUAAAGUUGGGGGAUCAAAACUAAGUUAAUGGGGCAGCCGCCCCUUCUUCUUCAAUCAGCAUGUCGUCCUGUAGCUCACUGUGAUGAAAUUCCAGUGCCUAUCUUCGGAUAACUUCCUGACAUUAGUGACGAAGAUGCCUCCAUUGUUGAAGGACAUGAAGAAGAAGAAGUGGUUCUUGAAGAUGAUGCUCCACAUCCAUUUUCCCCAAAGGAGUUGAAUGAUCUAGUUUGCGACCUCAGCUUGUCAAAGGACUCUGCCGAACUGUUGGCAUCCAGAUUAAAGGGAAAAAAAUCUCCUCUCUGACAGUGCUCGCAUCAGCUUCUUCCGUAACAGGCAUCAAGAGUACCUCCGUUUUUUCUCGGAAGAGAAGGACUUGGUGUACUGUGCAGAUAUCGCGCAGCUUCUGCUCAAGCUUGGAGUGCCACAGUACGAACCCAAAGAUUGGAGACUGGUCAUUGACAGCAGCAAGCGAUCACUGAAAUGUGUUCUGCUACACAACGGCAACCAGUUUGCCUCUAUACCCCUGGCUCACUCGAGUACACUGAAGGAGAACUAUGAAGCGGUGAAGUAUAUGCUGGAGAAAAUUGGUUAUGAUCAGCAUAAGUGGUUUAUUUGUGUUGACCUGAAGAUGGUGAACUUUUUGUUGGGACAACAGUCUGGCUUCACCAAGUACCCAUGUUUUCUGUGCAUGUGGGAUAGUAGGGACCGUGCUCAGCAUUACACGAAGAAGGACUGGCCUGUGUGGGAGGAAUUGGUGCCUUGCAAAGAAAGGAACGUCAUCAAUGACCCUCUGGUGGACAGAGACAGAAUACUCUUCCCACCGCUGCACAUCAAGCUGUGUCCAGUUCUGGGCAGCACAGUUCAAGAAGGACACUGACAAACUGGAACGUGUCCAGAGGAGGGCGACCAAAACCAUAUGUCAGGAGUGAUCUGAUGGUGUUCCUGCUUGGCAGGGGGUUGGACUCGAUGGCCCUUGUGGUCUCUUCCAGCUCUAUGAUUCUAUGAUUCUAUGAUAAUCAAGCAGUUCACCAAGGCUCUGGACAAGGAUGGUGACUGCUUCACUUACUUGUGCCAGGCUUUUCCAGGAUUGACCAUGGAGAAGUUGAAAGCUGGCAUCUUUGACAGUCCUCAGAUCCGUCAGCUCAUCAGAGAUCCAGAGUUCGGAAACUCAAUGAACGAAGUGGAACUGGUAGCGUGGAAAGCAUUUGUUCUGGUAGUGAAGAACUUUCUUGGCAACAAUAAGGCCAGAAACUACGCAGAACUUGUCAACAACAUGCUGACUGUUUUCAGAAACCUGGGCUGCAACAUGAGUGUCAAGAUGCACUACCUAUUUUCACAUAUGGACUGGUUUCCUGAGAACCUGGGUUCAAUGAGUGACGAGCAGGGGGAGAGAUUCCAUCAGGACAUGAAACAGAUGGAGACCAGGUAUCAGGGUCGCUGGGACGCAGUCAUGAUGGCUGACUACUGUUGGACUCUGAAGAGAGAUCUCCCUGCUGCUGAGCAUUCCAGGAGUUCCAAGAAACGGAAGUUCAAGCCCUGAAGUUUGAAAAAUGGUGAAGCAACAUGCAAUUUACGUGUACUUACCUUUAUCAAUGCCCACCAUUCAGUUUACAGUAAACCUGACCUGAUGGAGAGAAACGGGUGCCAUUUCCUGAUUCAGCAGUGCAAAAAUACCCUAAAUCAGUUGUAGAAAUCUAGACAACAUUCAAAAAGUAAAAAAUUGUUGCCCAGUGUUAUCUUUCCAUAGCAUGUAGUUUGUGGCCUUUGCCGGUGGCAGUUGUCCCAGGAGCAAAAUCCUUAAGGGUGCAAAAACAUUGACGUUGCAAGCGUUGUAGCUUAGGACUCAGGCCGGAAUUGGGAUUGCUGGGCAAUCGGCUCCUCUCGCACUUUGACCGGCAACCUUGCUCUCCCAACCCCAGGGACUAGUUGGGUCUCCUGCAGGACUCACUGCCCAAGUGGCACCUCUUGGUGAGCUGGAUCAGGGCAGGUGGUGGGGCAGCACGCUUGCCUCCCAUGACAGCUGGGUAUGGGUGCUGCGCGGCCAACUUCUCACCAGGGUUGCCAUUUUUGCAUAUCACUGGGCUAGGAUGUGCCAGGCCACUGUCUUGCUAGCCAUAGCCCUUUCACCUGGGGUGGCAACUUGAAUAAAAGUUGGGGGGGGAUGUAAGCCCCGUCCCCAUAAUUGAUCACAUGAUGCAGUGCACACACACCAUUUGAAAGGCAAUGCCUAUCCACUUUGGGGGGGCAGCCCCUCAAAUAUUUAAGGGAGGGCAAAGACCCCUUGGCCCCUAGGAGUUGACUCCUAUGCCUGCAGUUGCCAGUUGCACACACCUCCUCAGCCGUCCUGCUUGCAUCUUGCACUCAAGAGCAUUGCGCUCGUCUAGGGCAGGGUAUGGGUCUCACAGGUGCAUCCCUUCCUCAGGCCCUCCCUGCUUCCCAAGCACUGGGCUCCCCAUAGCUUCUCCCUCUCCCCGGCGCAUACACUUUCCCCAGCCUCUCCUUUCCUGCCCAACAACAGCCGGCUGUGGCAGGAGGUGUUUGUGGGCAUGUGCUGCACAUGUGUGCAAAGACAGCCAAGGGUUUCUGCAACAACGUAACUGGUUAGAGCCCACUUCAUCGUGCUGGGCUGUCUGUGUAAACUUUCUGGUUGUUUAUACUAGACCACCUUCUGCUCCUUUUCUUCUUUUUCAAGAGUUUGGAUACCUAAAUUCAACUGCCUUCCCAGUGACCUCUUGAGCCUGUGGCAUUGCUCCCUAUCUCUGGAAAACUCGUCUGGGUAUCAGAGAGAUCUGAAAUCUCAGGACCUGGGGUGCUCCUGACCACUCUGUACUUGAGGCAGCUGCCUCACUGUGUCUAAUGGUUGGGCCGACUGCUGAAGAGCCUCCUGUGUUCAGAUAUGCACAGCCUGUUGGGGAUGAAUGUUCUUGCAGUGGAAUCAGGGCUGCCAAGCUGGGCUGGGCUGCCAGGCUGGGCCUGGUGAUGAUGAUUGUCUUCAUCCAGUGAUGGCCUGAAACCUAAGAGUGGCCCCUGGUGAUGACAUGGUAGGAAUCAUAGAAUCAUAGAAUCAGAGUUGGAAGAGACCACAAGGGCCAUAGAAUCCAACCCCCUGCCAAGCAGGAAACACCAUCAGAGCACUCCUGACAUAUGGUUGUCAAGCCUCUGCUUAAAGACCUCCAAAGAAGGAGACUCCACCACACUCCUUGGCAGCAAAUUCCACUGUCGAACUCGAAUUCUUACUGUCAGGAAGUUCUUCCUAAUGUUUAGGUGGAAUCUUCUUUCUUGUAGUUUGGAUCCAUUGCUCCGUGUCCGCUUCUCUGGAGCAGCAGAAAACAACCUUUCUCCCUCCUCUAUGUGACAUCCUUUUAUAUAUUUGAACAUGGCUAUCAUAUCACCCCUUAACCUCCUCUUCUCCAGGCUAAACAUGCCCAGCUCCCUUAGCCGUUCCUCAUAAGGCAUCGUUUCCAGGCCUUUGACCAUUUUGGUUGCCCUCCUCUGGACACGUUCCAGUUUGUCAGUGUCCUUCUUGAACUGUGGUGCCCAGAACUGGACACAGUACUCCAGGUGAGGUCUGACCAGAGCAGAAUACAGUGGCACUAUUACUUCCCUUGAUCUAGAUGCUAUACUCCUAUUGAUGCAGCCCAGAAUUGCAUUGGCUUUUUUAGCUGCCGCGUCACACUGUUGGCUCAUGUCAAGUUUGUGGUCAACCAAGACUCCUAGAUCCUUUUCACAUGUACUGCUCUCAAGCCAGGUGUCACCCAUCUUGUAUUUGUGCCUCUCAUUUUUUUGCCCAAGUGCAAUACUUUACAUUUCUCCCUGUUAAAAUUCAUCUUGUUUGUUUUGGCCCAGUUCUCUAAUCUGUCAAGGUUGUUUUGAAGUGUGAUCCUGUCCUCUGGGGUGUUAGCCACCCCUCCCAGUUUGGUGUCAUCUGCAAAUUUCAUCAGGAUGCCCUUGAGUCCAUCAUCCAAGUCGUUGAUAAAGAUGUUGAAUAAGACCGGGCCCAAGACAGAACCCUGUGGCACCCCACUAGUCACUCUUCUCCAGGAUGAAGAGGAACCAUUGAUGAGCACCCUUUGGGUUCGGUCAGUCAGCCAGUUACAAAUCCACUGAGUGGUAGCAUAGUCAAGACCACAUUUUACCAGCUUCUUUACAAUAAUAUCAUGGGGCACCUUGUCAAAUCCCUUGCUGAAAUCAAGGCAUUUGGCUACAUCCACUGCGUUCCCUUCAUCUACCAGGCUUGUAAUUCUGUCAAAAAAUUUCAGAAAUCCAUGCUGACUAUUGGUGAUCACAGCAUUCCUUUCUAGGUGCUGACAGACUGUUUGCUUAAUGAUCUGCUCCAGAAUCUUCCCUGGUAUUGAUGUCAGACUGACUGGGCGGUAAUUAUUUGGGUCCUCUCUUUUCCCUUUUUGAAAAUAGGGACAACAUUUGCCCUCCUCCAGUCUGCCGGGACUUCGCCUGUUCUCCAGGAAUUCUCAAAGAUGACUGCCAGUGGUUCUGAGAUCACAUCUGCCAGUUCUUUUAAUACUCUUGGAUGCAGUUCAUCUGGCCCUGGAGACUUGAAUACAUCUAGACUAGCCAAGUAUUCUUGUACUAUCUCCUUAGUUAUUCUGGGCUGUGUUUCCUCUGCUGAAUCAUUUGCUCCAAAUUCUUCUGGUCGGGCAUUGUUUUCUUUAUCGGAGAAGACUGAGGCAAAGAAGGCAUUGAGGAGUUCAGCCCUUUCUGUGUCCCCUGUUUGCAUUUCACCAUCUUCUCCUCUGAGUGACCCCACUGUUUCCCUGUUCUUCCUUUUGCUACGAACAUACCCAUAAAAGCCUUUUUUGUUGCUUUUAACCUCUCUAGCAAGCCUGAGUUCAUUCUGUGCUUUAGCUUUUCUGACUUUGUUUCUACACGUGCUGGCUAUUUGUUUGAAUUCCUCUUUGGUGGUUUCCCCCCCUUUUCCAUUUUUGUACACAUCCUUUUUAAUCUUAACUCAGUUAAAAGUUCUUUAGAUAGCCACCCUGGCUUCUUUAGGCACCUUCCAUGUUUCCGUCUCAUUGGUAUUGCCUGAAGUUGUGCUUUUACUAUCUCCCUCUUAACAAACUCCCAGCCAUCAUGAACUCCCUUUCCUUUUAGUAUUACUGUCCAUGGGAUCUCACCCAGCACUUCCCUAAGUUUUAUGAAGUCGGCUUUCUUAAAGUCAAGAAAUUGAGACCUAGUAUGCUUGGCUGCUCCUUUCCGCUGUAUAGUAAACUUCAGAAGAGCAUGAUCACUCGCGCCUAAUGAUCCUUCCACUUCUACCCCACUAACCAGGUCAUCAACAUUGGUUCGGACCAGAUCUAAAAUGGCUGUUCCUCUUGUUGCUUCUCCCACUUUCUGGGCAAUGAAGUUGUCUGCAAGGCCAGUGAGGAAUCUGUUAGACCUUAUGCUCUUGGCUGAGUUUGACAUCCAACAAAUAUCUGGGUAAUUGAAGUCCCCCAUUACUACUAUCUCCCUUCCUUUUGCAUACUUGGCCAUCUGUUCGAGGAAGGCAUCAUCUAUGUCCUCCGUUUGGCUUGGGGAUCUAUAGUAAACUCCCACAAUGAGGUCACUGUUCUUCUUCUCUCCCUUAAUUUUGACCCAAAUGCUCUCACUUUGGCUUUGAGGUUCUAAAUCUUGGAUCUCUUCACAGGUAUACACAUCCCUGACAUAUAACGCCACUCCUCCUCCUUUCUUGUCUGGUCUGUUUCUCUGAAAUAGAUUGUAUCCCCCAUUAUUACAUUCCAAUCGUGGGACUUAUCCCACCAGGUUUCAGUGAUGCCUAUUAUGUCAUAUUUAGUUUGCUGUACCAAGAGCUCAAGCUCAUCUUGUUUAUUUCCCAUGCUUUGCGCAUUAGUGUACAGACAUUGAAGUCCAUUGAUCAUUCCCCCAUGACUCUUAUUUAAGGAUUUUUUCCUCCCACCACUAGGUCUGCGUGCUGUUUGCUCCAUUUGGUCUAUGACAUUUGGAUGAUCAUCUUCAUCAAUUGAUAGACUCCUACCUUCAGGAGUACUGUCUCCCUACCCCACAUUAGCCAGUUUAAAGCCCUCCUGAUGAGGUUUCUGAGAUUUUUGGCAAAAACAUUCCUCCCAACCGUUGUGAGGUGCAGCCCAUCGCUUGCCAGAAGUCCAUCUUCAAGAAACUGCAGUCCGUGAUCUAAGAAUCCAAACCGUUCCUGUUUACACCAUUUGCGAAGCCAGCUGUUCACUUCCACUAUUUUUCCCUCUCUCCCUGGGCCACGUCGUUCAACUGGGAGGACAGAUGAGAUGACAAUUUGUGUAUUUAAUUGCUUCAAUUUCCUGCCCAGAGCCUCGUAGUCUCUUUUUAUCUUCUGGAGGCUAUUGCUUGCAGUGUCAUUGAUUCCCACAUGAACCAAGAGGAAGGGGUAUUUGUCAGUGGGUUUUAUGAUUCCUUGCAGUCGUUCAGUUACAUCUUGGAUCUUAGCCCCGGGGAGACAGCACACUUCCCGAGACAUCUUGUCAGGCCCACAGAUCACUGCUUCUGUUCCCCUCAGUAGGGAAUCCCCUAUCACCACUACACGCCUCCUCUUAGGUUUGGUCGGGGUUCUUCCGUGAGCUGUCCGCUCCAAGGUCGCCUGCACAUUCCCUGAAGACUGACUUUGCUGCUCGUCUUCAUAUACCUGAUCGACUGUAAUGAGGGAGAGAUCCUCAAAUGGAGUCUGCUCUUCGUCUUCCAUGCUAGGGGGAAGGAGGCCCAGGAAACAGAGGUUACUUGGGAGAGCGGAGUGAAGGAAGGCAGGGACUUCCCCCCCCCCCCAAUUUGCAGCCAGCUCCUGCCAAGCUGAAGCUUGCAAGCUGUAUGCACAGUCUUCUUAAUAUUUUUUUCUUAUUGAUAAAGGUACUCUCACCCACCCUGAGAAUCAAGUCCUCCAGCUGGAGGGGUCCAGGCAAACCCAGAGGCUUCAAAUCAGACCUGGAGACCUGGCAAUCAUAUCUUCAAGACCUUGUCGUCUUUCAAUGAGCUGGCCAUCACUUGCUACAUAUUUGAACUAUUACUUUCCUCGACACACACCUCUCCUUCACUUCUACCUCUUUUCUCUAAGGCUUUUGUUAUGAGAAUUCUAAGGUCUCAUAUAUAAAUUAAAUGUUCAUAAAUGUACAAGGCAAACACAUACAUACCAUUUGUCUGAGAGAGCAAUCCUAAAGCCAUUUUGACUCUCCCAAAUUGACCUCAAAUAUUUCUCUGCAAGGAAGAAGGAAAUGGGAAAUCCUCCGCAUUGUCUUUUGCUUACAAAUCCUGUCUUAAGGGCGCGUAUUUGUGUAUAAGCGUGAGCCUGGCUGCCCAGGUAAUGCCCAGGUAAUGUAAUCAGUGCAAUCAGUGACCAUUAUCAGGUAUCCUGGCAGACAGGAUUUCUGCUGUACACCACCUCCUGUGAUUUAUUUUUGCUGUAGACUGCCUCCUUCUGUAAUGUAUGUAUGAUGUUUUGGGGGGGGGGGUCCUGAGCUACAGGGUGGGCAGUUUCAAAAGUCUGUAUAAGGACUCACGCUCCAUUGUUCAGGGUUCUCUCCUCCCUCCUGCAUGUGGGGAGUGGGGACCCUGUUGCAACAGUUAAUAAAGAUCAGACUUACUAGCCACUUUGCUUCUCUAUAUACUCUGGUUGGCCUCUGUUAUUUUCUCCAACUGAUAGGAAACCCACUUGGAUACCCCAUAAGGGAAAAGGAGCAGAUUUUUUCUUAUAAAACUUUCCUUAACAAAAGUUUUCCUGCACCUUUCUUGGGCCCCUUGUUAGAAGCUACUUUUUGAACACUGUCCCCCUGCCUCUGUGGUUGUGUCCUUGUUGUCCCUGAAUAAAGUCUUUCAAAUUUCUCCACAAUUGUGUCUUAAUUGUGGUGUGGUGCAGUGGUUAGAGUGCUGGACCAGGGAGACCCGGGUUCAAAUCCCCACUCAGCCAGGCCUAUCUCACAGGGUGGUUGUGGGGAUUAAACGAGAAGUGGGAAAACUAUGCAUACCACCUCAGGCUCCAUGGAGGAAAAGUGGAAUACAAAUGAAAAAUAAGAGCUGCUGGAAGCUGCAAACAUAUUCAGAGAGUCUUCAUUCUUUGGCCUUCCCUCCUCCACACAGAGAGAAACAGCUCUGUCUGUCCUAAAGGUGUCUGUGUCACCUUUGGUGGAGGGUAUCUCAAUUUGGGAAUGCUUUUUUCUCCCCCUGCAAACAAGCUGGCUGAUAGCUUCUCUCCCAAAACUGUUUCUCCAUCAGUACAUGCUCCUUUUUGAAGCUCUUUACCCCUUGAUGGCUGUUGGGCCACUUGGCUUCUGUGCCCUCAUCUAGGUCACCCUCUUCGAGAUGGAGAAUUUCCAGGGCAGGAAAUGUGAGCUCAUGGAUGAGAACCCCAACGUGACGGAGAAGGAGUUGGACAAAGUGGGCUCCAUCCAGGUGGAGGCUGGCCCGUGAGUACCAAGCAUGGGAGAGAGCAGGGAGCCACACCGGGCUAGAAGCACAUGUCUUGAAAUCUGAGCAUUCUCAAGGAAAGCUAGAUUUUAAAAGCACCCAAUUUUGAUUUGGGUUUUAUCCCAGAAGCUUUUGUGAGGAGUAAAAGUAGUUUGAGAGGUGUAUAAUGCCCCUAGUUGCCCCCUGAAGGCACCUCUUUUCUAGUUCUGGACUGCUGACAAAGUUCUGGUUGGGGGGGGGUGCCAGUCAGGAAAGGCCCGGGGGCUGCAAAGCUGCAGUCCAGUCCCUUAGGCCUCCUCAGCUCUGUGCAGCCAAUUACAGGCAGCUGUGUGUCCUUUAAAAAAAAAAAAGCUUUAAAUGCUGUGCCCAGGUGAUCCCAAAGGGAGCAAGCAGAGCAAGAGGUGAAUUGGCUAAGAGGCUGAGCUACAAAUCAGGGAAUUGCUCCCGUCACAAACUCACUUCCAGAAUCAUAGAAUUGUAGAGUUUCUAGAAAAAUAGAUGCCAGAACUAUUUGGCACCUAAACACCUCCUUUGUUCUCUUAUAAUAAUGGCAAUGGCACCCUCUCUGAAUAUGCCGGAACUGAGUUCUGGUGAGUUCCAGCUGCAAAAAAGAAUAAGCCCUGGUUGGAAGGGACCCAAAGGGUCAUCUAGCCCAACCACUGGGCAGUAAGUAACCUGGCCCCUCAGCCUUCCUGUCUGAGUUAUGGGGAUAAAAUUGGUACUGAUUCUGAUAACUGCUGUUUUUAACCUGUGUUUUCUUUAUUGACGAGGGGACGCGGGUGGCGCUGUGGGUUUUUAGCGCCUAGGACUUGCCGAUCGCAUGGUCAGUUCGAAUCCCCGUGGCGGGGUGCGCUCCCGUCGUUCGGUCCCAGCGCCUGCCAACCUAGCAGUUUGAAAGCACCCCCGGGUGCAAGUAGAUAAAUAGGGACCGCUUACCAGCGGGAAGGUAAACGGCGUUCCGUGUGCUGCGCUGGCUCGCCAGAUGCAGCUUGUCACGCUGGCCACGUGACCCGGAAGUGUCUGCGGACAGCGCUGGCUCCCGGCCUAUAGAGUGAGAUGAGCGCACAACCCUAGAGUCUGUCAAGACUGGCCUGUACGGGCAGAGGUACCUUUGCCUUUACCUUACCUUCUUUAUUGACAAUCAGCACAGCUUCUAGAAGUCUUGUUCUGGCUAUGUUAGGCUCUCGCAGACAAACCAAGAGUCAUGUGGCACUGCCCACUUCCCAGGGCUCCUUACCUAUAGAAAGCACAACCCACUAAGGAAGAGAAGAACAAAAAAUAAAAUAAAAUCAAAACAGAAACAAUUAAUUUUGCAUAUUCCCAAAAUCAGGUUAAAACUUUACAUGGCUGGGUCUAGGUCAGAGGGAAAUUAAUACACAAAAGUUAGAGGUAGGCCAUUCCCAUGUUGAUAACACAGACAUUCUGGCAAUGGGUAGCAAAUUAACUAUUGCUGGCAAGGAAAAAAUAGAUAUAAAAGAAUAAUUUCCUGGAUGCCAACAUCCAGGUUUGGGGCAUGUACUCUCUGAUGAGACAAACCCAGCAGAGAUUUAAAAUCACAAAAUCUACAGCAAAGUAAAGUGAUGAAAUAUGGGCUGUUAGAUAUGCCCUUCUGAGUUCCUUCCAAAGUUCCCCUCUUCCCCAGUAUAGAAAAAGACCACAUGUUUAGUAAGUUAAAAAUGGUUUAUUUACAAACUUCCUAAAGGUCACAUUCAUGUGCUUUUCCAUACAGUAUUCAGAAAAUGCUGCACAGGAAUUCAGUAUUGGCUUGUGAUAGCCAUGUAGCCUGAAUUUGGAGCAACCUCUUUACACGCCAAGCUUCUCAGUUUGACUGAGGAACAACAAUAGGUUUGAUUCCUCCCACAGGUGGCUCGGGUUUGAGCGUCAGGCAUUCAGUGGCGAGCAGUUUGUGUUGGAGAAGGGCGACUACCCUCGCUGGGACUCCUGGUCCAACAGCCACUGCAGUGACAGCCUCCUCUCCAUUCGCCCCCUGCUGAUCGUAAGUCACAGAUAUUUGCCCACGAAAGGGCAGUGGCCAUGGACUAAAUUAUGUGUAUCUGUUAUUGUCCUGACCUACAUUGGGGGAGGACACCCCAGUGCCUUGGGCAGCCCUUGUAUGCCAGUUUCAUGCUCCCUUUAUCAUAUCCUGUGUGUUUGUUCAGGAUAUUUAUUCUUCUAGCCCCGUGCUGUCCACUCUGGUUGGCAACAGCUUUCCAUGAGCUCAGGCAGAGAGCUUCCUUCUCAUCACCUGCGUUCUGUAUGCAUAGCAAAUGUCCUGGUACAGCCCCUCCCUCUUCAUUGUGAAUAUGUGGUUGCAGGGGGAGAGGGUUCAGGGACCCAUUCAGCCACCCCCCACUCCACACCAGCUCCCAUCACUUGUUCCCAUUGCAGGACAGUGCAGACCACAAGAUCCACCUCUUUGAAAACACCAGCUAUGGGGGCAGGAAGAUGGAGAUCGUGGAGGAUGACGUCCCCAGCUUGUGGGCUCAUGGCUUCCAGGACCGCGUGGCCAGCAUUAAGGCCCUGAAUGGAAUGUAAGGAGGGAGCGGGGGGGGGAGGGCAAAUCCUGUAGCCCCAUGCAAAAGGUGGAGGGGGUGCCUCUGCUUCAGAAGGGGGCUUCUUUGCACAGUUGCUUCUCUUGGAAGAGCAAAUCCCUAAAUCAGCUUCCUUAGAAUUAGUAUAUAAAGCCCUUAACAAUUUGGGACAGCUUGCCCCAUAUCUUUUCCCCCUUGACCGCUGCAAUUGGCAGAUCUGGCAUUCUUGCAGGGGCUGCAUAAUAUCUAUUCCACAUUUGUAGGAAAUGGAUAUUUUAGUGUGGCAGCACCUACACUCUGGAACUCCCUUCCUAUUGACAUCAGGCAGGUGCCUUCACUGUACUCUUUUUAGCACCUGGGGCAGAUCUACACUCAGGGUUUUUAACCUUGUUGUUGUUUAGUCAUUUAGUCGUGUCCAACUCUUCGUGAACCCAUGGACCAGAGCACGCCAGGCACUCCUGUCUUCCACUGCCUCCCGCAGUUUGGUCAGACUCAUGUUGCUAGCUUCAAGAACACUGUCCCACCAUCUCGUCCUCUGUUGUCCCCUUCUCCUUGUGCCCUCAAUCUUUCCCAACAUCAGGGUCUUUUCCAGGGGUUUUUAACCUUAAGGAAGGGCUAAGAAAUGCUUUUGACAGCCACAGGACACAUUAUGUCCUAAUGAGUUGUUGAAAGGUGACACCAGAGGGCACUGCAGAGCAGCCAGCAACCGGCAGUAGGAAGACAGCCGCUUUGACAAAUAAAAAGGUAAAAAAACCUGUGACGUUUUAGAAUGAUAUAUCCCUGUUAAAACGAUAUAGAACGAUAUAGCCCUGUUAAAAACAUUCUUGUUUAGCCAAACCUACCCAGUUGAAAGUUAGUGUGAGUUUUAAUCCGCUUUUAGCCUUUAACUUUUUGAAAGUCUUAAAUUGUUAUUAAUUCUUCUUAUAGACAAUUUUAUUGUUUUAUCUUUGUUGUAAACCACUUUGAGGGUUUUCUUUUUUUACAAUCAAGUGGAAUAUAAAUUGUAUGAAAUAAAUAAUGAUGGAACUCAUUUUGGCUCAUUCUGGCAUGUGGGCUUAUCUCCCCCCCCAAAAAAGAUGAAAAGAACAGGCAGGAGGCACAGAAACCCCAAAAAUGCAGGAAGGAGGAGCUGGUUCUCCAAAGUGGUGGCUCUGAGCUACUGACUACAGCUCAAACACAUUUGGAACAGACUUUCCUUCAGGAACAACCUUCAACUUCCUGAGCCAUUUUGGCGUUCCUGAAGCAACCCCCAUAAAUGUUUCUGCCAGGACUUGCUCUCAUUUUAAUUGUCCACACACCUUGUCCAGGCCCCCUUUUGCUCUUUGUCUUUCUCUCCCACUCUCUGGCCUCCAUCUUCACAUUAUUUGAAAUGUGAGGAACAAGGGCCAAGACUAUUAGCGUGGUUCUUGCUCUUAAAACCUGUCUCUCAUUAUAGAUCUUUGUAAACUACUCUGAUAGUCUUUUCCAGCCAAAGAAUUUGGGGUGAUGGCAGUAAAAAUGCUUCAAAUAUUAUAAAUAAAUGUAAUACAUAGUUGGCUCUGGGAGGGACAAUGGCCAGUGAGAAAGAUCUAUUAACAAUCAUGCUUAUAACCAGAGUGGCUGGUGGGUGCUUGAAGAUCUUUGGGCAAAAUUUUGGUCUUAUAUAUUUUAUUAAUCAGAUGUCCAGUACAAAUGCUCUCUAGGUGCUGCAUAAAAUGAGAUUAAAAGAGAAAAAAUGCAAAGCAAUAAUAUACAAGGUCUGGGCAAAUAAAAAUGGAUUGGUCUCUGGUAUCUUUCCCUGGGGAAAGCAUUCCACAAAAAAGGGAAUUAAAAAGUGACAUGAACAAUGAAAAAUGAAAAGAGAGUUGGAUUCAAAUUCUGACUAAACAUUAGGAAGAACUUUCUGACAGUAGAGCUGUUCAGCAGUGGGACAGAUGACCUCAGAAGGUGAUGAACCUUCACUGGAGGUUUUUUUUAACAGAUAUUGGAUGCCCAUCUGCCAGGGAUUCUUUAGUUGCGAUUCCUGCAUUGCAGGGAUUUGGCUUAUAGUAAGGUUACCAGAUUUUUUUUUUAAUGAAUCUGGGGACACUUUAAAUAAAUAAAUAAAUAAGGAAGUAAGUAAGUAAGUAAGUAAGUAAAUAAAUAAAUAAAUAAAACAUGUUCAGGAUGUUGAUGCUGCAGCAAUGGCGGUGGCAGAGGGGCGGCCGCCACCUUGACCUCAACCGCCAUGUUUCCCCUUCCUCCGAGGCUUCUAUCUCCUUUCUCCAUGAGCCUGGGCAGCCCCUGAGUUGUUGGUUCUUCAGUGGUGGUGGUGGGGGAAGCGGUGCGCAGUGGGUCAGGCAUGGAAGGCAGAGAAGGAGGGCCGAGAGCAGCGGCAGCGGCUGGGGCAGCGCAAUGCCUCCCUUCCCAUUGGAGCAGCCCCAAUCCCAUUCCUACUUGUGUGCAAGCAGGAGGAGGCGGGGAUCCCUCAGCUUCCUCUUGCCUGAGAGAUCCCCACCCUGUUCCUGCUUGCACGCAAGUAGGAGUUGGGAGGCUGCUCCAGUAGGCAUCAUGAAGCCUCCCUUCACAGCUUAAUUGCUGGGGUCAGGGAAGGUGGAAGUAGCUCGGAAGCUGCACCUUAGAGCCCCUGCACCACCAUCAUAUGGGGAUUUCUGAGCAGCUCCUGAAGCCAGCCAGAGCCAACUGCUCCAGGCUGCUGAGACUGCCACUGCUGCAUUUCCCGGGGAUAUUAGAUGAAAUCCAGGGACAUUAUUCGCAAAUGCGGGGACUAUCCCAGGGAAACGGGGACUUCUGGUAACCCUAGCUUAUAGGGCCAUUGGGGUCCCUUGCAACCCUACAGCUCCAUGAUUCUGUGAGUCUAUGAGUUGAAAACUGUAACAAGCAGCACAGGUGGCCAUAAAAUGCCCAGGAAAGCAUCUUGAAGGACCAUUUGACCAGUACUGAGAUGUAAUUCACCCAGAGGACACUGAUGGGUGAGCAAUCUAUAAAUGAAUGAAUUCCUUUGUAGCAUUUAUAUCCUGCUUUUUUCCAGUCAGGUGGCCUUUGUGGUGGCUUAAAUGAACUAAAAAUAACCCCCCAAAAACAUAGUAAGCAAAUUAAUUAGAGCCUGCAUCACAAACAAAUCUCAGAGACCUGGAAUGUGUUGCUCAAAACUGAAGGAUAUGCAAGCAUAAUCAAGGAUUGGGUUUUAAAAUAAAUAAGAGUUUGAGGAUGUCCUUAAAAUCAUGCCCCCCACCAAUGCAAAUAGCAGCCCACAGGAAGGGGGCAGAGGGCAGGCUCCAAUCCAGCUUAUAUUAUUGUAACCAGAGUUUGGGAAGUUCAUUUUUGAAAGGAACUAAUACUAGAUCAUGUUUGACAUGCCCCAACAGAAAGUAAUUCCAGUUCAUGUUUGUCCCUUUACAAAACAAAGUGGUUCAGCUCCCAGUUUAGUUCAAGUUGUUGGCAUCUGUCUUUCUCGAGAAAAAAUGGAGUUCACGUAAUGCUUCUGAAUACCAGUUGCUAGAAGCUCCUGGUUGAGGGCUUCUCCCCUUUAGUGCAUCUAGGUGGUCACAGGAUGCUGUACUAGAUGGCUCUCUUUGGCCUGAUCCAGUAGGCUCUGCUGAUGUUGUUAAAUUCAUCUAAUUGAUCCUCCGGGGUGGGAGGGAAUUCAGCAUUCAGGAUGUCAGCAGCUUCUGUACUGGUGUGACAUACUUCAGAAGACAUUGAACGACACAGACAGUGGAACGUGACUCAAUGAGUUCAUUUCCCUCAACAAUUACGAACUUAGAGAGUAAAAAAAGUGUGUAAGGAAAUGAAAUUGAAGAUAAACUAGAAACAAACCUAGUUUAGUUCAACCAGAAAUCAUGGGAACUACUUUUAUGCAUAGUUCAGAGAUUUUUGAACUAAUUCUGUGAACUAAUUCUAACACACAUUCUGCCUGAAUUUGCCUUUGAACGGCACCUGGAAAUUAAAACUGGUGCAAGAUGAUCUUAUCUUCCUGGUAUUUGUGCUGACGUCUAAUUAAUUUCAGGACCCAAUUCAAGAUGUUGCUAACUCCCUAUUAAGGGAAACCAUUCUUUCUCCAAGCUAGUGCCCAACAGACAUUGCUGGACUCCAUUCAUGGGUGUAGCCGGGGGCAGGGGGGGCACUGCCCCCCAGAUCAGGUAAAUCAAUAAAAAUACAUAACUAAUGGAGGUUUGCCCCCCUAACAUAAAUCAUGGCUACUCUCAUGACUCCAUUUCCCAUCAGUCCCAGCCAGCAUAACUGAUGAUCAGGGAUGAUGGGAACUGUAGUCCAAUAUCACCAGCUUGGGGAAGUGUGCCAUAAACCGUUUGGGACACGGCCUUCUUCCAUAUGAACCUGACAGCCCACCACGUUUACCUUGGGACCUUUGAUCCAGGUUCUUCCACCAGGAGAAGUACAUUUCGUUGGGAUACAGGAGAAGACCUUUUCAGCUGUAAUACCCUGAUUGUGGAACUACUUCCCAAAAGAGGCUGUGUGUGUGUGUGUGUGUGUGUGUGUGUCCUUUUCAUAUUUUACACCAAGCUUUUUCAACUUUCAUACCUAACCUACCAUAUAGCUCUGUUUUGUUGAAUCUUAUUAUGUAAAUGAAAAUUUCAUUUUGUAAAUUGUCUUCGGAGAGGAACUGUUGAGAGCCCAAAGGCAGUAGUUCUGACUUCAAUGAGUAGUUCUGGCUUCAAUGAGUAGUUUGGAUCUUUGGAAAUGAGUUGUUACUGCAGUGAGCUGUGUUGGGAAGGAUGCCUGGCUGAGCCUAUCCUGAUAGGUCCUCCUUCUCUUGCCCCUCUGUCUCCAUAGAUGGGUGGGAUAUGAGUAUCCCGGGUACCGUGGCCGCCAGUACGUCUUUGAGAAGGGUGAGUACUGCCACUGGAAUGAGUGGGAUGCCAGCCAACCUUUGAUCCAGUCAGUGCGGCGCAUCCGGGACCAGCAAUGGCACAAAAGAGGCUGCUUUGAGGAAAGCUAA